GUUAUAAACAAAUAAUUACUAUAUCUUUAUUUUUUUUUAUUUUUUAACUAUCUAGUUUUUUUCAAAUCUUCAAAUCAACAUAAUUUAAAAUGGCCUCAGUCCCAGCUGGUAGUGUUGCAUGUUUAGCCAAUGCUAUAUUAAACUUACGUAGUUCAACUGACUUUAAUGCUGAUCAUGGUGCUAAAAACUCUAUUUUAAACUUUGCCAACUCUAAAGAAACAAAUAGAUUUGAUGGAUCAGAAUCAUGGUCUGCCUCAAUCAAUGAUAAGAACCAAUUCCUCAUUGCUGGUGGUCCAGUAGUACACGAAUUUGUUGCUAUUUCAACCCAAGGCCGUGGUGAUUUUGAUCAAUGGGUUUCUUCAUAUAAACUUAGAUACACAUUUGACAAUGUUUCAUGGUUUGAAUAUAACAAUGGUCAAGUUUUCAAUGGAAAUACUGAUAGAAACACUGUUGUAACUCAUGUUUUCCAACAACCAAUUCGUGCUAGAUCUAUUGCUAUCCAUCCAGUUACAUUCAAUAACCACAUUUCACUUCGUUGGGAGCUUUAUACUAAACCAGCAGAAAGUAACUUUGUACAAGUUGGUCACGUUUCAAUUGGUGAUAGAACUCUUAAUUCCGGUAAUGGCUCUCGUGAUACACUUCGUCAUGUUAACUUUGAUAGACCAUUCGGCAAGGUACCAAUCGUUGCCCUUGGAUCCACCCAAAUUGAUGCUAGAACUGAUAAUGGUCAAAUGAGAUGGCGUGUUGAUGCUGUCAAUGUUACACCAACCGGUUUUGAUGUUAAAUUUACAACAUGGGGUGAUAAUUUAUUAUAUGAUGUCUCUGUUGACUAUGUUGCAGUUGAACAUUAAUUAUAAAGUUAAUAAAGUGUAAUCAAAAUUAUUUGUAAAUAAUU